AUGUUUGAAAAUAAUAAUGAUCCGUAUCGACCACCUCUUCCUUUCCCAUCUCGUGCCAAUGCAAAUUUGGUGAAACAAGAAAACACGAAGUUCCUUAAGCAUGAUGAAUUUGAACGCGUGAAGGAAGAAGAGUGGGAGGAAUGGGAGGAGCCUUUACCCGAAGAGCAAUUGGAAAAAGAAGUGAAUUAUUCGAAACCACCAGCUUCAACUCCUAUGAUUUUUGAGGUGUUUGAUUUUACAAGACCACCAGAUCAAGUCACAGAGCCCAUUAAAGAAAAAGAAGAAGAGAGUGAUGAGUCCAAUUUUUACAAGAAAAGCCCGGAAAGAGACAAGACAAAAGCUAAAGAUACGGGAUUGAGGAAAGAACCCAAGCGAAAACAUAAAGAAGAUGUCAACCCGACAAUGCAAGAAAGCUCAAGAAAGGCAUUCAAUAGGUGA